UCAUUUAAAUUCAGAGCCAUUGAUAAAAUGCUUAUUUAAAUUCAAAACCAUUGACAUAGAUUUUGAAUAAAUAAUCUUUCUAUUUAUACAGCCUACAUACAAGAAGGUGAAUAGCUGGGGUAGACUACAUUUUUCUGUAGCGAACUUUCACGAACGGUUAAUUUGUCCCAGAUUGCAAGGAACAACAGAAGCUUAUUUUAGGAAUUUAUUGAGAAAAUAGACGCUAAAGAAGUGGCAACAACAACAAGAGCAAAAACUAGAACAAAAACUACAACAGAAACAACAUCAGCAACAACAACCACAACAAUAAUGGAUUCGAAAGAACUAAAAGAUGAAAGUGAAUGUACUUACGUUCAAUUCUAUGGAAAAGACGGGCAUCCAAUGCCUGUUUAUAGUUAUAAAGGCCACAGUAUGAUUUGUGUACCAAUGAUACCAUCCGCUUUACCAAAAGUAAACACAAUAAAAUUUAGACCCGAUGAUAUUUUGAUGUAUUCAUAUCCCGGAGCAGGGUCCCAUUGGGUGUUUGAAAUGGUAAAUAUGAUACUGAAAGGAAAUUGUGAAAGAGUUUCCGCUAUAAAAGAAGACUUGCUUAUAGAAAUGGCACCAAUGGAAAUACUUGAAGCUACUGAAUCUCCACGAUUCUUAAACUCACACCUUCCUAUUGAACUUCUUCCUUCGGAAUUGCUGAAGGGUCACAAAAUUAUAUAUAUGAACCGCAACCCGAAAGCUAUGCUUGUAACUUUCUACAGACAUCUGUCAGGAGCUAAGACGUUCGAAUACAACGGAGACAUAUCAAGUUUUUUUGACCUUUUUAUGAAAGGGGAAAUUCCUAACGGUGAUUAUUUUAAGCAUACUCGAGAAUUCUACUCUUUAUUUAAAGACAACCCAAAUGUUCUCAUGGUAACUUAUGAAGGAAUGAAAGCGGAUCUUUCCAAAAUAGUGUCACGUGUCGCUAAAUUCUUGGGGAGAACAAUCAGUGACCAACUUAACAAGGGUAUUGUUGAUAUGUGUUCAUUUGAUAAAAUGAAAUCCGAAAAAGAAGUGGUUACUUCGUAUCUUCCCGAACAAUCAUUCAAAGAAGGUGGUACUUUCUACCAUUCAGGUAAAGUGGAUACAUGGAAAAAAUGGUUGACUGUUGAGCAAAGUGAGAUAAUGGAUGCCAGGAUCCAGUCAGAAUUGACCGAACAGGGAAUCAUAUUAAAUUUUUAAAAUGUUUAUUGAAGUUAUACGUCUAAACUGAGCAGUGUUUGAUGUUGAAUAUUUUAAACAUACAUGAAUCGUAAUCAAAUGCAUGCAUACCAAAAUGGUAUGGCUAUUUGUCAGUUUCAUUAUACGGAAUGUCCAUGUGAACGACGUUUCCAGCUUCAAAAGCAGUUUUUCUUUACAAAUUUCCCUUUUGUUCUAACAUAAUCCAAUAAACUUGAAUAAAACAAG